AACAAAAAAAAAGAUUGAAUGAUAAUUAUAUUGCGAUUCUGAAUCUUCUUAAAGGUCGGCUUCUUCUUUGUGGUUGAUGUUUAUAAUAGUCACAAUAUAAAAAAGAGAGAGAGAGAGAGAGAGCGAGAGAGCUAAAGUGAUGACUAAUAAAAAAAAGUAGUGAUCUCAAACUCAGUUUUGCUUUUCUUUUACCAAAGUUAUUGCUUUUACUCACCGAUACAAGACAAUUCUGUAAUUCAGAAAAGUUCCAAGUUGUGUUUCUCAAUGGAUGCAUCAUUUCUCAAAGUCAACUGCUAAAAACCCAACAAGGCAAACUGUCACUUGAGAGUUUCAGAUGAGGUCAAAUUAAAACCCAAAGGGACAACAAAGCUUUGAUUUGUAUUCAAAUGGGAACGAUGGCAGAAUUAGGAAGCAUGGGAAAGUUUGAAGAGCAGCAACAGGCUAAUCAGAUAGUCUUAUACAGAGAAUCAGCAGAAGAAUGGCUAUCCCACGUCCAUUCUCUCAUACCGUCCGUCCUCCACAAAGCCAAAACGGUUCCCAAUUUCACAGGAAGAUGGAAGACCAUCAUCUCCAAGAUCCAACAGAUCCCAGGCUGCUUAUCCGACCUCUCAAGCCACCCUUGUUUCUCCAAGAACAAGCUCUGCAAGGAGCAGUUGCAAUCCGUGGCUAAGACACUCAACGAAGCCAAGGAGCUCGCCGAGUUGUGUUCAACCGACAAGUAUGAAGGGAAGCUGCGUAUGCAGAGCGAUCUCGACGCUUUGUCAGGAAAACUGGAUUUGAAUCUAAGAGACUGCAUGGUUUUGAUCAAGACGGGAGUUCUAGGCGAAGCUACGUUGCCUCUAUACAUCUCAAGCUCAUCGGAAACGCCCAAAAUAUCAAGUCUAAAGGAACUCUUGGCGAGGCUUCAGAUAGGUCACUUGGAAUCAAAACACAACGCACUGGAAAACCUGAUUCGCGUGAUGGAAGAAGACGAGAAGAUGGUGAUGCCUUUGAUGGGAAGAGGCAACGUGGCAGCUUUGGUUCAGCUGUUAACAGGUUGCACAAGAAUCAGAGAAAAGGCGGUGACUCUGAUCAGCGUACUAGCGGAAUCAGGACACUGCGACGAGUGGCUCGUCUCCGAAGGCGUGCUGCCUCCUCUGGUGAGGCUACUCGAAUCAGGAAGCCUCGAAGCCAAGGAGAAAGCUGCGAUCGCGAUCCAGAGACUGUCGAUAACAGAGGAAAACGCGCGGGAAAUCGCAGGGCAAGGAGGAAUCACGCCGCUGAUCGAGCUCUGCAAAACGGGGGACUCGGUGUCGCAAGCGGCUUCAGCAGCUGCGCUGAAGAACGUAUCGGGAGUGGCGGAGCUGAGGCAGUUGCUGGGGGAAGAAGGGAUGGUGAGAGUGUCGAUACAUCUUCUAAACAAUGGGAUACUGUUGGGAUGCAGAGAGCACAUGGCUCAGUGUUUGCAGAAUCUCUCUGCAGCGAGCGAAUCUCUACGCGAAGAAAUUGUUUCGGAAGGCGGAGUCCCGAGCCUCUUGGCUUACAUCGACGGCCCUCUGCCGCAAGAACCGGCGGUUACGGCGCUGAGAAAUCUAAUCCCGUCGGUAAACACGGAGACGUGGGUGGCUCUCAACUUGCUCCCACGAUUAGCGCACGUGCUAAUGUCAGGAUCGUUAGGCGCGCAACAAGCAGCGGCGUCUGCGAUCUGUCGAUUCGGUAGCUCACCGGAGGCGAAGAGGCUAGUGGGAGAGUCAGGGUGCGUUCCGGCGAUGGUGAAGCUUCUGGAAUCGAAAUCAAACGGGUGUAGAGAAGCGGCGGCUCAAGCGAUUGCCGGAUUGGUGACGGAGGGGAGAGUAAGAAGGGAGUUGAGGAAAGACGGGAAGAGCGUGACGAAUCUGGUGAUGCUGCUGGAUUCGAACCCUGGAAACACAGCCAAAAAGUACGCCGUGGCGGGGCUAUUGGGAUUGGCGGGGAGCGAGAAGAGUAAGAAAGUGAUGGUCUCGUACGGAGCCAUCGGGUAUCUGAAGAAGCUCUCGGAAAUGGAAGUGAUGGGCGCUGAUAAACUUCUCGAGAAGCUUGAGAGAGGAAAGCUCAGAAGCUUCUUUCACCGCCGGUAAAACACAAACGAAGUGAUGUAACGUUUAUAUAACCGUUUAAGUAUGACUUGGAACACUAUUAAAAAGCCCGUUGGGCUUUAACUCUCUUAAGCUGAUAAAUAUAUUGGGCUAU